UACUCAGGUCAUCAGGUGUACUACGUGACAGACUUUCAUUUUAUACUUUAAAACAUCACGAUCCGAUCACAUCUAAAAUUAUGCUCCUAAUGUACUAAGAGCAUCUUUAAUGGUAAGCUAAUUGGUAAGUUGCUUUCAUUUGCCACAUCAAAAUUUGAAGCUACUAUUUUCUCAUAUGUAUUUUGCUCCAAUGGUUAGCAAGUUGCUUGAGUUUUUAAACCAUUUUUUUUAAUUUAUUUUUAUUACAAUUCACAUGUUUAUCAAAUAAACAAAUUUUCUUUUGCGUUCUUUUUUUCCCAAGCUAAUUAGCUUUGUAGAGCUAAUUUGCUUAACUUGGCUAAUUGUUCAUAUGUACUCCAAUGGUUGGCUAGUAGCUAGAAAAUUUAUGAAAAUUGCAAGCUAGUCCCUAUAUGUAGCCAUUGGAGAUGCUCUAAGCUGUCUCAAAAACGACCUUCACUAGAAGUUAUUAAAAACUGAUUCCGACUCAUCUAAAGUGAACAAAUACCAAUAAUAGGUUGGGACUAUGGGACUAUGGGACUUUAUAAUUAGGUGUGAUUUUAUUAGUAAAAGUCAAUGGUAGUUUCUACUCUGUAUUAUUUAUAGUUAGUACCGAUUAUAUAUGUCAUUUGUUUUGGAGUAUUGUGAAAGUGAGUCCUAGUUUCCUACUGUUUUUAUCAUGUGUUCAGAUCCAUAAGUCAUGGAUAAAUCGAUUUCCUAUUUUUGGGGACAGCUCAUUGGUUGCAGAUUACUUACACCAAAGAAUGAAAUAAAAUUUAUAUAGAAGACUUGGUAAACAACUAAUUAAGAAAUGACAGUUAGUACGACCGUGAGUAAUUGAAAUAUCAUCUACAAAAAGAAAAGAGAGAUUGCAAACAGGAUUAGGGAAAUUAGAGAAAAAAAGAAAAAAAGAAAAAAAGAAAAAAAGAAAGUUAGGGAGUUUGGGAUUGGGAAUGGCUGAUAGUAUCCUGACAAAUUUGGUUCAGCAAUUGGGGGCCAUUGCUGUUGAAGAAUAUAACGUAUUAAGUGGGGUAGGGGAUGAACUCAAGUCUCUGGAAAAUGAGUUGAGAUUCAUGAAAAAGUUCUUAAGGAACUCUGAGGGAAAACACCAGGAUCAUGAAUUAGUGAGCGAGUUAGUUGAGCAAAUAAAAGUAGUGGCAUUUGAGGCUGAGGAUAUUAUUGAGACGUUUCUCCUCAAUGUUGAGAGGCAACAACGGAGGAGUACGUUUAAGAAAGUCCUCCAUAGUGCGGAGCAUGCAAUAAUGCUCCGUGGAGUGGCCAAGCAAAUUGGUGGCAUCAAAACAAGAAUAGAUGAUAUCUAUGCUAACAAGGAGAAGUUUGGGAUUGAGAUAGGCGAGGGAAGUAUGAAUCCCCACUUUGAGGCUUCCCUUCAUAGAUGGAGAAAAGAUGUUGAUGAAGAAAUGGUUGGGUUUGUGGACGUGGCUGACACCUUGUUGAAGCAGCUUAUAGAGGGGUCACCCGCUUUGGAGAUCAUAUCUAUAGUUGGGAUGGGUGGCCUAGGGAAGACAACAAUUGCCAAGAAGUUGUACAACGACAGGCUCAUCAUAGAUCAUUUUCAUAGCCGUGCUUGGGUGUCAGUGUCUGAAGAUUACGAUACUGACCAGAUCAUCAUCAACAUUCUCAACAGGGUGAUGCCUGAUAAGGAGGGACUGGAGGAACUAAACACUGAAAAGCUGAAAGAAAUGCUAAAAGGGUACCUCAAGGACAGAAAAUACAUAGUUUUCUUGGACGAUGUAUGGCAGCCCCACAUGUGGGACGAGGUCAAGUCUUGCUUCUCCAACAAGGGGAAUGGGAGUAGGAUUGUCAUCACCACCCGUAUAGCUCAGGUUGCUAGGCACGCUAGCCCUAGGGAACCUCAUUUUCUUCGCUUUUUUACGCCGACGGAGAGUUGGGAACUCUUUGAGAAGCAAGUAUUUCGCGGGGAUCCUUGCCCUUCUCAUCUCAAUCCCCUAGGGACAGAAAUUGUGGGGAGAUGCAAGGAGUUACCUUUGUCCAUUGUUGUGAUAGCGAGUAUGUUAGCUAGCCAAGAGAAGUCACAAAGAAUAUGGGAAAGGACGCUGAAGGAUGUUAGUGUUCAUCUUGGCAAAGACGAAGCCUGCUUGGAAAUACUGGCUUUGAGUUAUCAUAAUCUCCCAGUAGAGUUGAAGCCUUGUUUUCUUUACUUUGCAGCCUUCCCCGAGGACCAUGAAAUGGUUGUUCGAAGGCUAAUUGCCUUGUGGCUGGCAGAGGGGUUUAUACAGCCACUUGGAGGAUUGACUAUAGAGGAAGUAGCUGAAAGCUACCUGGAUGCCCUAAUUGAUCGAAGUCUAGUUCAAGCUGGAACAAGGAGAACUGAUGGUGGACUCAAGACUUGUCGAGUUCAUGAUCUUGUACGAGACCUUUGCAUCAGAGAGGCAAUACGUGAGAACUUUAUGCGGGCGACAUCCAAGAUUGAGGAUAAUCAUUCCUCCACAACAAGCAAAUGGAGGCCCCGAAGAAUAUCCGUCCAUCGUCACACGUCCCGUUGUGUUCAAUCAAAAGAUCGGGAUCCUUGUUCUGUCCGUGCAUUGUUGUCCUUUGACACUCAGUUGGGUUAUGCGAGCUCAGCAUUCUGGAAAAAGUUGUGUACCGAAUAUAAGUUACUAAGGGUCUUGGACCUGGGAGCUGCUAUUAAAUUCACAACUCUGCCUGAUGACAUUGGUUCCCUCUUGAAUUUGAGGUAUUUAAGGCUCUUCCUUUCAUCAUCUUCAAUUCCAAAAUCAGUUUUUGAGCUUUGGAACCUCCAAAUGCUUUUCAUAGAGGGUAACCAGUCAAUAGUAAUUCGUAUGGAAAUGCUAUUAAAGCUGCAAGGUUUGCAGCAACUCGUAUUAGGAGAGCGCAGUAAGCUAUGUGGUUAUUCAAAAACCUUCUUAUCUAAGAAGCAACUUUUUAAAAACCUCCGGGUGGUAUCUUCCAUCUAUCCUGACAAUGAUUUUGAAUGCGCUGUCGUGGAUGGACUCUUCCCUAACAUUAGAAAACUCUCAUUGUGUGGCUCAUAUAUCCUUGAUUGGUCGUUGAAGAACACAUUCACAUGUUUGCCUGAUGUACAAUCGUUGAAGAUCUCCUCCUCAAACAGCAAUUAUGACAGGGAUAAUAUAUUUAGGGGAGUCAGUGUGGCUGAUCUUCCUUCACGCCUCACCAAGUUUACAUUGAAAGCCUCAACAUGGUCACAAGAUUCUUUGAGUAUGCUUGGAAAGUUUCCCAAUCUUCGCAUUCUGAAAUUAAUUGAUUUGGAAUCUCUCUAUUUUUCUGCUAGUAAAGCUUCAUUUCCUAAACUUCAUACCCUUCAUUUGGAGAGUGUUGCUCAAGGGGCUUGUUCAGCAUAUGAAACUGCUUUCGUUCAACUACAAUAUCUCUUUCUAAAAAGAUGCUCAUGUGAAUUUUUAGAUAAUUAUUGUAACUGGAAAGAUGACCAACUCGAGUUGUUUAUGCUGCCCAGCUUGAAGUUUAGUAAUGCAAGGAUUAUUUUUGGUACUUUCCUUUCAAUUAUGGUCAUUUUAGUUGGGCAAGAGCAAAGAGUUUUUAUGAUUGGGGCUAUAAAGGACCCGACUCAAUACUGCAGCCUUGCAGGUGUUGUUCAGUACCUCUUUUUCACUCGGCCUAAUAUUGCUUAUGCGGGAACUAUUGAUCAUGGGUUACAUUUAUAUCUGUCUACUGUGUACUAUGCGCUUGAUCACCUAUAUAGAUGCAGAUUGGGGGUUUCCUGA